UGUUCGAGACUACCAGCAUCCCAGGGCAUCUCGCUCCCACGCCCCAGAGGCUGGAGAGGCUUCUCUCGAAACAGACCCUCGAGGAACUGUACGAGGUCGAGGAACAACCUUUCGCACGCGAUUACUCUGCGCGCGCCAAACACCAAACCUUGUUACCACAUCAGUCGUACGUCUACUUUGAGCCAUUGUUUGUUGCGUUCAGCUUCCUGUAUCCUUCUGUAUCCUUUUAGUAGAACAUUACAAGCCACUUAUCGUCUGCAACGUCACACCGCUAGCGUUAGAUGGAAAUUAAUUUCGACCAGCACAGCCAGCGACCAUAUCUGAGCUGAACGCUUCUCGCACCAAAUAAAUCUAUCCUUUCUGUAGCUUUCCAACCUCUGAACCAUCGAAAGGGCUACUUACAUAGAUGAAAGAGACGCGAGGUACAAAGGAUGUCGACCGUUAGCGCAAGGUGCGUGGCCAAGCUCGUAACCGCGAUAGCCGAGCAACGACGUUGCGUACAAUGUCUCCAGUCGCGGAUGUCGAUGACCCUCGAACGUCGGUAUCGGGACAAGGAGAGGAUGGUAGAAGGAGAGGCAGAGGAGAGGGAGACGGAGGGGAAGGAGAAAACGGUAGAAGCGGUGGACGAAGAUGGAAGAGUAAGGAAAAUAAAAAGGCACAAGCUCCUCAAGGGAAGAGGUGGAAGAAGGUACUUCGUAGACCGGAUGGUGGGUAGGAGCACGAGGUCGUCGGACUGACCGGUGUGUUUAGUAGUUAGGAAGCUAAUGGAUGCCUUAAAGGACGAUGGAUACACACAAGGUUGUGUUGCACGACGUAGACUCUGAUCCCGGUGUUAGCACCGAUUUCCUGGUCCGCCGCUCUACACCAGAGGGCAACGAGCACUUAACGCUUUGCUCGACUCCCCUACCUCUCCUCUUGACCCUGGGUCAUUGAUCUUACACCAGGCUACGUAUAUAGUUUUAAUGUGUCUAUGCUCGGUAGCUUUAAGUAACACGCCGUUUCGAACUUUGCGGUUGAUCCCUGGUCGUGGGAAGAAACAACAGACAUCCAAUUUAGGAGAGCACGACCACCAAAACGUUGUAAUAUCUGACUUACGAUGUGGUCACUCGUCAGACACUCGACGCCAAGUCGUCGUAUUUUAGGUCAUGUCGGUCCUUCGACUCGGUGACUCCAGUCCGAAGGGAAAGCUUGUUUCUUUUCGCGUUUUUAAUUGCGAGAACCACGGCUGAAAAGUAUGAAAAAUAACGUUUCUUUUAUCGUUCAGAAGUUACACCGAUUUGUUCUGUGAUGUGAAACGCGUAGAAAAAGCGACAUCCACAUCGCGCGAAUUUAUGGGAGCAAGUCGUUCGUUGCUUAAGAGCGUAUGGUACAUCCAAGCGAAAACGUAUACCGCAAAGAGGUCGCAGCCUCAAGCUCUCGAUGCUUUUCUCUGUCUCGAUCAUCGUGCAAAAGCUUCGAAGAGCUCCUCGUCGCGUCUCGUACAAAUCCAGCACUGGAUGGAGAUACCACUACGGUGAAAGUGUAUACUUUCUAUGGAGUUCGCGGCACUACCGCGUUCAGCCUCGGUUAGAACUUUAUUCCACGUUGUGAACAAAUUUGCGAGACUCGAUGCCGGAUAACUGGUUCAUCCCUGAAGCCGAAGAUUCAAAGGAACGAGAUGUAAAAGCGAAUCGCGGCUAUUGGUUCGCGCUUCUUCAACAUGGGACACGGUCGGAUGAUCGAGCGAGGUCAGGCAAAUACGCGGCAGUGAGAAGAUGUCGAGAGAGAUCGAGCGGAAGGCAAUGGGCCGCGAAAUUUCUAAGGAAGAGGAGACGGGCACAGGAAUUGAGGGCGGAAGCCCUGCACGAAGUCGCGGUGCUGGAUGCCGCGGCGAACUGUUCUCGUCUGGUGUCCUUGCACGAGGUGUUCGAAACGAACACGGAGAUGGUCCUGGUUUUAGAAUUGGCUCCCGGUGGUGAAUUACAAAUGAUUCUGGACAGAGACGAAGUUCCGGAAGAACGACAAGUUGCCAGAUUACUCAAGCAAAUUUUAGGCGGAAUAGCCUUCCUGCAUUCCCUGAACGUCGCCCAUCUUGACAUUAAGCCUCAAAAUCUGGUCCUGACCGGCGAGUUCCCAGACUGUGACGUGAAGCUUUGCGACUUUGGUAUCUCGCGGUACAUCAGCCAUGGCGCGGACAUACGGGAGAUUCUGGGCACGCCCGAUUACGUUGCCCCAGAAGUGUUGAACUAUGAGCCGAUCAGCCUGGCAACAGACAUGUGGUCCAUCGGAGUUCUGUUGUACGUGUUGCUAACGGGAUGUUCUCCGUUCGGAGGUGACACGAAGCAGGAAACGUUCUGCAACAUCAGCCGAUGUCGCCUAGAUUUCCCCGACGAUCUGUUCGAAGACGUGUCCGAGGAAGCGCGCGAUCUCAUGCGCAAGCUAAUGGUCAAGGAUCCAAACGAACGCUUGACCGUCACGGAAUGCCUGCAACACCCAUGGUUCGGCUCGUUCGACGACCCUCAACCACCAUUAUCUUUAUCCAGCCGCCCAGCGUUGGACCAGUCUCCCGUCCAAGAUAAAUCAUCGCAGGAAACAAAAUCGUUCUCCAAAUCUACAACGAGCGCGGAACACCAAACGACGACAGGAUCAUCCACGACCAAGAACGACUCAGAGAAACAAAAAGCGGUGAACGCUUGUCAGGGCAUGGAAACGAAACCUUCGGCAAACAGAGCGAUUUCCUCGCACACGGAGAACAUAUAUUCGAAAUCAAAACUGUCGCCCAAACCCACUAGAUUCGGGCUGAGCUCGGAUCGCAGGGACACUUUUAAGAGGAACAUGGAUUCUCUGGCGCAGAAAUUUUCCGGCACAGAGGUCAUGAUAAUCGAGCCAGUGCCGUCAUCCGGUACCACAGUCUCCUCGAACGUAACAAGCAGUACGCAAAGGAGAGCGACAGCCACGCACACGAUGCCAGCCGGAGAGGUGUUCAAAUGCACACCGGUAUUCAUCCUGGGCGAAGAGCAACAAUGCAGCGACAGUGGCAGUGAUUCCGUUUCAGAAAUAUCGACAGACAGCUCUAGCGACCGAAGCAGUAUUUAUUCAGACGAUUCGUUGGAUUUUAUCUUAUAUGGAAAGAGUCAAGGUAGAGCCAGUUUCCCAUUCUCCGCUACGGAAGCGCCUUCCGACAGAUGGGAACAGAGGCACCAUACGAGGGUUUGGCCGAGAGAGUGCAACGGAGUGGUGAGCAAAGCUCUCAGCCGUUUUUCCUCAGAAACGUUGAACACGAAGUUCAGCAAAGCUUCCACGCCGCCAACAGUCCAUGGUAAAACUGGAUUAGAAGCUCUUCGCGAAAGGGGUGGAAAUUUAGUUGUAAUUCGUGAACCUGUAAGAGCUGGCAGAUACACCAGAUACAGCGAAGUACAAUGCGAAUCGGUGCAAGCACGGAUCCGACGAUUUCAGGUUCAUGGAGCUUCGUAGAUGAGUAAGCGCGUGAUCUGUCCGUGAAGGACUUUCUCGAGCAGCUUCGGAAUCCUGGGUCCUCGAUGGACAGCAGCAGGAUCCUUUGUACAUAUUACGUUACGGUGUACAGUAAAUGUAGUUUCAAGAACGCGUUGCGAGACAUCGGUAGUCGAAGAAGUACGCUGAAAAAAACAGAAAGUUAUGGGAUAACUGUAAAUAUUACAACGAGAAAACUUGCGGGUACCGAUCGCUCGUGACGCAUGUUGUAUAUAAAUUCGGACGACCGAGAUUCUACGAGAGAGCGGCGGUCGACCGGACCACGUUACUCGAGUUUCGAAGGUUUUAUCGUACAUAACGCAAGAUUAAAAGGAAGAGCUUAUUAGUUGAUUGUGGUACGGUGGUUUAUGGAAAUAUUUGAGCACUUCUAGGAACUUUUUACGAAUUUAUUACGUGCGGUUUAUAUGAUACAUUUUGAAAUUUUCUUAGAACUGCGACGAGACACGAUUUUCGUGAUCGAAUUGCUAAUAUAAUUGGAAUACUCUUGUUCCAUUUUAUAGUGCUAUCGAAAUUUUGAAAAAUCUCGUAUAAUACACGUAGUAAAUUCACAGAAAUUUUCUACACCGAGUGCUCAAAUAAUUGUAUAAAUUAUUACAUGUAGAUUGGAUUCAAGGUGGCAGCAAGAGUUUCAAGCGAAACGUAUCGACAGCUCGUUGUCUGCCAUUACCGAUAGACUGACCGGCCGUCCCUUCGAACUGUGAGAUAGAAAAAAGAAAAGAAAAAAGAAAAAAAAAGAAAAACGCGAGUUACGCGUUCGAUGCAUCGAGUUGCUCGCGAUACGAAAGUGGAAGAUUGGUUCAUCUCGUUUCGUUUUCUCUUGUCUCGCCUCUUCUCUCAACAACGUUUCACGCGAGGUCGACACUUGCGAUAGUUACGCAACUGGGUAAAUGUCAGGAAUAUGUCAGACUUCAUUCGGAAUUUUAGAGUAACAGCGAACGUGUAUAAAGUAAAAUGGCGCGCGAGCAGCUCGAUGCUGAGCGGCGAGUUUGCCCAACCUAGCCAUAAUAUUAUUAGUCGCUGUAUAGAUCGUCGUGAUAACAGUAACUCGAAUUACCUGGAGCUCCGUUCCACGGAUCUCGCUGAAAUUUCAAUCCGAUAACUUGGGUGCCUUUACCGUAUACGUUUAAGAGAAGUCGUGUCCCAGUCGCUUAAGCCAUUAAUGACCAAGCACAAUAAAUAGAACAGUAAAGGUAACACAUAUAAAAGUCUAUCAAAUCCAUGGUAUUCGCUAUCGUAUUCACCAGACUGUGGAUCUUUAUGCUUUUAUGGGAAAUUUAACUCUUAGAGGCUAUCGUAGGCGAAGGUUUACCAUAGCACAUCUUUUGUAAAAAAGAUACUGACAAAGCUAACGAAGUGGGAUUAAAUGUGUUUUUACUUUUGAAUUUUUAAGUUUUUGAAUUUAAAAAGUAGAAUUAAGAAUAAAACGGUUAUUAGUUGUUAUUGUUACAAGUAAUAACAUUGCUUUGUUAUUUAUCAUACAGAACAAUAAGAUUAAAAGAAAAUUUCACUCGCGAUAGCCUCCAGAGUAAAAGAUACAAAGAUACGUAGAAUCGACGCAAUGGGCAAAAGUAUAUAAAACGUGCAAGAUACCGUAGUCGUUAAAACAUUUAAAAAGUAAAACAAUUCUCCAACUAUGCCAUCAUUUUUCUCAUUCUGUCGAGAAAAAUAUGACUCUGGAUAAACAUUCGCAGUCUGGGAUACAAUUCUAUAAUGUAAAUUGAAGAGAAAGAAGAAAUUGUAACGCUGGCUCUUGAUGGGUUGAAUCCUCUAGCGUAAGCGAAGCACACGCGUGCAUGUAGAUAUAGAAAUGUACGAGAUACACGGGGUAGAAUCUCGCGUAUGAAUAUUUCUGCGUGUACAGGCAGUGAGCUGUACGCGACUGAUCGCAAGCAUUAACCGCACACUCGUAGUGCCUGCUUUUGUUUGUCCCGUUCGUAGUAGCGUAUCUCUCUCCGCGGAAAUACGGCUCGUUACGCCGGAAGAAAAAUGAACGCGUGCACGGCGGAAGAGCGUGGUGAGAGAACGAAUCGAUGCUUCCAAGAAGAGUCGGGUGAACGAGUCAAAGAAAUCUCUCUCCAGUCUGAAUAGAGUGCCUUAGUCGUACGGACGAUUUAAUCAAUCGUACCGACGAUCGAUCGAAAUUGAGAGCCUAGACUAGCUUUAGGCGUCUCCAAUUCUUCUCGUUGGAUCGAUAUCGUCUCUCGAGGGAGAUCGGUGCCUCGUAUCACAACGACAUGCCCUGCUAAAUAUCGCGCUGCAACACUCAAAAAUGAACCUGUUAGCUGAGUCACGUUUAACCAAAUGCUCCUAGAAUCCUGAAACGAAAAUUUAAAUAUACGCGUGGGCUUACGAUUUCUUAAAAGCCAAUCGCCGCUUGUAUUGAUAAUUCUCCUGUUUAGUCCGUAAAGUGACAUUUAAAUCAGAAAAUCGACGAACAUGAUCCAGUUUUUUGAACCAUGGCAUGUUAAAACGCUACGUCAUAAAAUGACGCGAGAGUGAUAAAAUUAACGAAGAUAAGCUCAUCGUGCUUCUUCUGUGAUCUUUCGAAUGAUAAACGACGCGAAUGAUAUAUUUAUUCUUAAGUAAAAUGAAACAACACGUAAAGGGAUAGGAGAUUUCUAGAUGGAGAAAUUACGUUUUCCAGUUCCUUCUUCGGUUAACAGGUUGACGUUUGAAGAAGCUUUUCCUUCUGCCUCUUUUCUUCUCCUAUUACACAUCUAGGAUCUGUCGCAUCUCAAUGACUCAAGAUACAUCGCGAAACUACUGCCGUUCGUACUAAACGAGUCUUUUAGCCAUUGAAAUAUGUAUCCAGGGCAAGUUUCGUUGCGAGAAAUGAAACGAUCAAUAGCUCUCGUCGAGCGAAAUACCGAUUUUUUCAAUUCUGCGCAAGUUGGCGAGUAUGAAACGCAUAAAUGUAUAAUGUAUACAUAUCUACGUAGACGAAGUACGAGGACGAACGCUGAAAAAAAUCUCGUGGAGCUUCCACUUCCGUGGUAGAAGGGAACGUUCCGUAAAUACUAGUCAUAUAGUUGCUCGUGCUUUUGUUCGAACUCGUUCGUUUCCCUCUGACUAGCCGCUUUAAAUCACGGUAAAAUUCUCAACGUACAGUGCCUUUAGAAACAUUUACACAGGGAUGGAGGAACGAGAACAUUCGAGCAGCGGGGACGAGCACACGAUCGAAAUGACGAGAAUCGCGCGUCGACGUCGAAACAACCAUCCGACGAAGCAGCAGCGAUGAUGCCUAUAGAAAAUGGAAAAUGCGUUUGGAAUCGCGAUCGAUCGAAUCGCUUUGCGUCGUUGUUUCGUGUAACCGAGUUCCUCGUAGAUCGAGGAAUCGAAUCUUUUCCGACUUCGCGAAUAUUGUUAAUAGACUGCGGAUUUUUAUACAUUUAUGGCAAGUUUAACAUUUAAUCCAGUUGUCUUUCUCGCUUCCCCUUCGUGUACAUACUUUCACAUAUCUUCCUCUUAGAUCGUAAAAUAUUUUAUUCGCGAAAGAUGUGAAAUAUACGAAAUAUUACAAAUAAAUAUUUAAACGCUAUCUAUAUAUUUUAUGUACUGGAUUAUAAUUUUUAUUAGAAAAAGAUAAAAGACCAGCAAUAUAUCGUACUUGUUAUAUAAUAUUUAAUGGACGAGACAAAUCUCUGCUACGAUCCCAACAUUCUCGAUCGCUUCGCAAAGUUAUGAAUUUGUAUAAAUAUCCGCAGUCUAAUUAUUAUCGCGGUCUGAGGCGUUCGUCCUUUGAAGUUCCGAGACGCACACUAUCGAGAUACGCGAACGCACGACACGAGACACAGGGAAUAUCUGACGUCUGACACGAAUAUAAUAUCUUGUCGUAGAGUAUGAACACAAUGAGCAAAUGAAAGAGCGUGAGAGUGCGUGUUGCGUGAUUUCACGAUUGCCUCUGAGAAUCAAAGAAAAUCAUAGAGACCUGUAAUAUAGUUUUGCUACGAUGAUAGAGAAAAAGGGCGUGCAUCCGAAGCGACCCGGUUCGCCAUUUCUCGGGGCCAAUGCGUUGUUAUUUAUUUCCGUCUACUUUUCUGUCCGAUAUCGUAUUUAAUUAUCCCGCGUGUCGCGUUUUAUUCUCGUGGCUUUUUAGUCCGAUCGUUGGCCCUCGCAGAAGGGCGUGCCGUUUCUCUACCCUUUCACUCGGGCGCGCCCUGUUCUCCGAUCUAACUGAUUUAUCAAUAUUAUUAUUAUUAUUAUUAUUAUCAUUACAAUUAUUAUUAUUAAUAUUAUUAUUACUACUAUUGCUAUUAUUAUUACUAUUAUUAUUAUUAUUAUUAUUACACUAUUAUUGUAAUGUUAUUAAUUUCGAGGUCAAUUACGAUGAGAAGUAUCGCGCAUGUAGAUGCUAUUAAGAUCUUCUGUAAAUAUUUCUCUGUCAUUGUAUUAAUUUUAAUAACAUGCGAAAUAAAUCAUUCGUUCAAAUCA